UAUGCAAAUUAACUUGACCUGAAAUAAUACAUUGUAAUUUAACGUAGGGACGACUUUAUCACAGUUGAUGUUGGUCAUGAUACGGUUCGUUGAUUGAUUUGUUUUAUUCUGAUUUCCGAUCGGCUGGCCGAUACGGAAAAUAAUACUUCUAAAAGGAGCUGGCUCCACUUUUAAAUACACUUUAAGAAAACAAUGAUGAAGUCAAAGAUCACCAAUUAUGUUGCUUUUAUUAUUUUUUGUUUGUGGAUAAUGUCGACUUCGGCUGAUAGUAACGGUUACACAGAACAAGGAGAUAUAAUAUUUCUGUUAGAUGGAUCUGAUAGCAUAUCAGAUGCAGAAUUUUUAGAACAAAAGAAAUUAGUAGAACAUUUUAUUACCCAGACUGACAUUGGAUCCGAUAGGGUACGUGUUGGUGUCAUUGUUGUAAGCUCGGACAUUGGUGAUACCAUUAGUUUUGCUCAUUCCGCGAACAAAAAUAAUCUUAUAAAACAACUUGAUCAACUGCAACAGCCACAAGAUGGCAGUAGAAUUGACUUAGGAAUAAAUAGAAUAGAAAGAAUGUUUUUCACAGAAGGGCGUUCUGAAAUGACACAAAUAGGUGUUAUCAUCACGGAUGGUCGAUCAAAGUACCCGGAUGCUAGUAAAGGUGAAAGCGAGGCAUUAAAAUCGAUUGGAAUUCAUUUAUUCAGCGUUGGUGUUGGAAGGCUGGUAGAUGAGAAGCAAUUGAAAUCGAUGGCUUUUAGUCCGAAUGAAUACUUUUAUAUCGAACCAUUUCAUAUGGCUGUAGAUAAACUAUUACAAGCAGUAAGAAAGCUGACAAUUCCUAAUCAAUCAGUUAUAAAAACAAAACAACCAGUACAUACAACUACCACACAAAGGCUAACAACAGUUACAACACAAUCGCCGACAACUACAACAACAGCUGCAACUACAACAACCCCAAUGACAACAACGAGGGCAACAAUUGUUAUACACAACCCCAUGGAAGAGGACAAUGAUCUGAAUGGACAAGUGAAAAUAUCCGUAAAAUCAAACAUACUAAACGGACGGGAUAUCAUCGGAACAAAAGUAGAAAAAAUGUUUUCACAAGAUGAUGUACCAUGGUUAAGUCAAAACAGUUUUAAUGAACCAUCAUACAGAGAGCCAAAACAAAAUGAACAGACUUGGUACAAUCCAGUAAAUCCAGUGCAAGCCCCAUGGGUAACUUUACCAACACAAAAAUCUACUCCUGCUGCAUGGAACACCAUCGCCCCUACAGCACAAUCAUAUCAAAUAUAUACAAAUGCACCUGAACAUCAUACAGCAACAGACAGCUGGGCAAGAGGUUAUAGAAAUCCACUAGCACCAAUCAAAUUGUUCAGCAUCAAUAUGCCUAUAAAGGUAUAUCAAAAUAAUGGAGAAACAAAUCAAGAUGACAAAAGACAACCAAAUCAAGAUAACGAAAGAAGAAAAAAUCAAGAUUACCAAAGAAUACAAAAUCAAGACUUCGGAAGAAGACCUCAAAUUACUACACGAAAACAAGUUCCAACAACAACCACUACGACUAUGGCAACCACUACAAUACCAGUAACACAGAAACCACAAACAGUACAACAACUUCCAGUCAGACCUGGUGUAAAUCCGGACCGAGUGGAGGAAGAACAUAGUAAAACACAUGGAACUGUUCAAAUGGAUUUAUGCUAUGGAAGUCAGUAUGUCGACGGUGUUGGUUAUAAUGCAGACCCUAAAAGUUGUAAUGAAUUCGUACAGUGUUUCUACGAAGGUGGACAGAUAAAAGUAGAGAGGGCCCGAUGUCCGUUCCGGAUGUUCUGGGAUCAGCGACUUCUACUUUGUAGACCAGCUACAUCUAUGUCUUGUUGGAGAGAUCCCUGUUUUGAUUUUACCGUCCGUUCAUAUGACCACAAAGGGAACUGCAGAGCUCACUGGACCUGUCGUAACGGAUUAUCACAGGCAAAAUGUUGUCCCACUGGAUUUGCAUUUAGUGAGGAAAAACAAGAGUGUGUUCCAGAACCCGGAUGUACCGAUUGGUGUGAAGAUUCUGGCGACCUUACUUUUACAUCACCUUUUGCUAGUUGUCGAAUGUCACCGUUUGAAACAAACGAGAGAUUUUAUUUCGAAGAAAUUCCUGGUUUAGGAAUGAUGACAAGAUCAUGUCCACGUGGCUCACAGUAUAAUCCGGGUCUUUGCACUUGUGACAGAAGUGAUGAUGUCCGCAGAGAAUCCUGUAGACCUGAACUCAUCCUUGACUUUCACGAUGGUUUCAAUGACAAAUCUGGAAAUAAUCUGGCAGUAACCCCGGAAAAUGUUCACAUAGAAAGUGGAGCUGCGCGAUUCGACGGAAGUGGUAAAAUUCGAUUAUGGCGAUUUUCUGGUGUUUCGUAUGGAUCCCAAUUUACAGUAACAAUGAAAUACAAAGAAAACCCACAUUCACGAACAACAGAACCAAUGCAUUUGUUAUCUAACUGUUUUAACCCUGAGGUAAUGCGACCAUCGAUUGAUAUAGCUAUCAGUCCAAACAAAGGUGCAAUGUUCUUAGCAACAACAGAUAAAGCAGGAGAAAAGAUGGCAAUUCUGAAGUAUAAUAACACAGAAUGGAAAACUUUGAGUUUUGUUUAUGAUGGUAAAUUCCUUACAGGAAGUAUAAAUGGUAUGACAUCAAGAGUCCCACUUAGAGGUGUAAUCGAAGAAAGACCAAGUGCGCUGAUACUAGGAGCAUGUGAUUAUUUUGGUGGAUUUGAUGGUUUAAUGGAUGAUGUUAAGUUGUAUCUGUGUGUACCGCAUGGAAUAACGUAGUACAAUGUCUACUCUAUCUAGCAAAUGACAAUCUGUGAUAUUUAUAAAUAAGUUGACUUUCGUUGGUUGCUUUUUAAAAAUCCCUUACACAGAAGAACCCGAAAGCGCUUUCAGUAUUCACUCGAAGGACUUUGUAUUAGUUGUAUAAACAUACACAUAUAUAUAUAUGAUUUUUAAGCCAGCUGACGCCUCCCCCAGGUGCGGGAUUUUCUCGCUGUGGUGAAGACCCAUUCGGGGCAUUGGGCUGAUUUCUAAUCACUGAUCAUGCUGUUGUCUCUUUGACAUAUUUUGAAUUCUCUAUUAUAGCACCAACUGCAUGUACAUUUGUUGAUAUGUACGCCCAUUUUGAUCAAAUGCAAUUGAUCAUUAUUUUUUUUCGUAAGCUGAGGUUUUGCUGUUUAUAACCAUAACACGGCAAACCUAUUGUGUAUGUGUGUUGUGAGAAAGAAUUAAUUUCAUACAUACACGAAGACGGAAGUAACUUUUCGAAUUUAUUUGAUUUUUUUGGUGCUUUCAAAUUAAUAUUGACUAUUGUGCCCUGGGUUUUAUUCAACCAUAUUUUAUAUGACAGCAGCAAAAUCUAUUUUUGCACGUUGCCAUGGGCUCUACUCGGACUGAAAAGGGAAAAAUUAAUUUGACAGAAAGCAAUAUUUUUAUUUCGAAUGUUUUCGUGAGACUUUAGAAGUCGAGACGCGCCUUUCUACAUUUUCAAUUUGUUUCAUCGAGAAUGUGUAUCCGAAUGAUAUUAAUGAAUAAAAUUCAGAUUGUUACUCCCUCACCAAUGUCUAAAUGAAAUAUGCUGUAUUUAUUUUGGAUAUACAAAAUUGAGAUCAUAAUAAAAAGAUACAAUGUGUUCACAUUAUGUACGAUAUUCAUGCAAAUAUAAUUAAACAUCAUAU